AGCUGCCGAUCCCGUGGUAUGGCAGCGCUGUGUGGGCGUGGCUGUCUCUGGGCUGCCUGUGAUUGGUGGCAGCGUGCAGGCAGGCCCCGCCCCCGCUCUCAGUACGGACUCCCGGUCGGCCCGGUGAGUGUCAGAGCGGCGGACAUGGCGGAGCGGACGGUCUCCCGCUGGUAUUUCGGGGGCCUGGCCUCGUGCGGGGCGGCCUGCUGCACUCACCCGCUGGACCUCAUCAAGGUGACACCUCCACAGGGUGUAUAUCUAUCAAUAUAGAUACUGUGUGUAUACUGCAUGGGGGACACCUCCACAGGGUGUAUAUCUAUCCAUAUAGAUACUGUGUGUGUGUAUACUGCAUGGGGGACACCUCCACAGGGUACACAGGGUGUAUAUCUAUCCAUAUAGAUACUGUGUGUGUGUAUACUGUGUGUAUACUGCAUGGGGGACACCUCCACAGGGUACACAGUGUGUAUAUCUAUCAAUAUAGAUACUGUGUGUAUGCUGUCUGUAUAUACUGUGUAUGGGGGACACCUCCACAGGGUGUAUAUCUAUCAAUAUAGAUACUGUGUGUGUGUAUACUGCAUGGGGGACACCUCCACAGGGUACACAGGGUGUAUAUCUAUCCAUAUAGAUACUGUGUGUAUAUACUGCAUGGGGGACACCUCCACAGGGUACACAGGGUGUAUAUCUAUCAAUAUAGAUACUGUGUGUGUAUAGUGUGUGUAUACUGCAUGGGGGACACCUCCACAGGGUACACAGGGUGUAUAUCUAUCAAUAUAGAUACUGUGUGUGUAUAGUGUGUGUAUACUGCAUGGGGGACACCUCCACAGGGUACACAGUGUGUAUAUCUAUCAAUAUAGAUACUGUGUGUAUACUGUGUGUAUACUGCAUGGGGGACACCUCCACAGGGUACACAGUGUGUAUAUCUAUCAAUAUAGAUACUGUGUGUAUACUGUGUGUAUGCUGUCUGUAUAUACUGUGUAUGGGGGACACCUCCACAGGGUGUAUAUCUAUCCAUAUAGAUACUGUGUGUGUGUAUAUAGUGUGUGUAUACUGCAUGGGGGACACCUCCGCAUGGUACACAGGGUGUAAAUAUUCUGUGUGUAUGGGGACACCUCCGCAUGGUACACAGGGUGUAAAUAUUCUGUGUGUAUGGGGACACCUCCGCAUGGUACACAGGGUGUAAAUAUUCUGUGUGUAUGGGGACACCUCCGCAUGGUACACAGGGUGUAAAUAUACUGUGUGUAUGGGGACACCUCCGCAUGGUACACAGGGUGUAAAUAUACUGUGUGUAUGGGGACACCUCCGCAUGGUACACAGGGUGUAAAUAUACUGUGUGUAUGGGGACACCUCCGCAUGGUACACAGGGUGUAAAUAUACUGUGUGUAUGGGGACACCUCCGCAUGGUACACAGGGUGUAAAUAUUCUGUGUGUAUGGGGACACCUCCGCAUGGUACACAGGGUGUAAAUAUUCUGUGUGUAUGGGGACACCUCCGCAUGGUACACAGGGUGUAAAUAUACUGUGUGUAUGGGGACACCUCCGCAUGGUACACAGGGUGUAAAUAUACUGUGUGUAUGGGGACACCUCCGCAUGGUACACAGGGUGUAAAUAUACUGUGUGUAUGGGGACACCUCCGCAUGGUACACAGGGUGUAAAUAUACUGUGUGUAUGGGGACACCUCCGCAUGGUACACAGGGUGUAAAUAUACUGUGUGUAUGGGGACACCUCCGCAUGGUACACAGGGUGUAAAUAUUCUGUGUGUAUGGGGACACCUCCGCAUGGUACACAGGGUGUAAAUAUACUGUGUGUAUGGGGACACCUCCGCAUGGUACACAGGGUGUAAAUAUACUGUGUGUAUGGGGACACCUCCGCAUGGUACACAGGGUGUAAAUAUACUGUGUGUAUGGGGACACCUCCGCAUGGUACACAGGGUGUAAAUAUACUGUGUGUAUGGGGACACCUCCGCAUGGUACACAGGGUGUAAAUAUACUGUGUGUAUGGGGACACCUCCGCAUGGUACACAGGGUGUAAAUAUUCUGUGUGUAUGGGGACACCUCCGCAUGGUACACAGGGUGUAAAUAUUCUGUGUGUAUGGGGACACCUCCGCAUGGUACACAGGGUGUAAAUAUUCUGUGUGUAUGGGGACACCUCCGCAUGGUACACAGGGUGUAAAUAUUCUGUGUGUAUGGGGACACCUCCGCAUGGUACACAGGGUGUAAAUAUUCUGUGUGUAUGGGGACACCUCCGCAUGGUACACAGGGUGUAAAUAUUCUGUGUGUAUGGGGACACCUCCGCAUGGUACACAGGGUGUAAAUAUUCUGUGUGUAUGGGGACACCUCCGCAUGGUACACAGGGUGUAAAUAUUCUGUGUGUAUGGGGACACCUCCACAUGGUACACAGGGUGUAAAUAUACUGUGUGUAUGGGGACACCUCCACAUGGUACACAGGGUGUAUAUCUAUAUAUAAUAUAUGUGUGUGUAUAUACUGCAUGGGGACACCUCUGUAUGGUAUACCUUCACAUGGUGUGUGUGUCUAGUGUGUAUAUAUUGUGUGUUACAACUUACAUGGUAUGUAGCGUGCUGCUUAUAGUGUGUGUACAUAGUGUGCUGCAUGGUAUGUUGCAUUUACAUGGGCAGAGUGCUUUCCUCAAGGUGUGUGCUGCAUGGUAUAUAUAUACAGAGUUGGAUCAUAUAGGUAGCAAAGUUCUGUAUGCCUUGUUUAGUUGAUGUGUAUAUUAUUAUUAUUAUUAUUAUUAUUAUUAUUAUUAUUAUUAUUAUUAUUAUUAUUAUUAUUAUUAUCCUGGAAAAACAUUCAUCAGCCCUAUUCUAACAGACAAGUAUUUCCAAGUUGGGUUGGGUGCUCAGUAACGGAGAGUGCUGAGGGCCCUGCUUAAAUGAGCUUGUAUUCUGGACGAAUGGCUCUAAAAUACAACAUUCGUUCCAUUACAUUGUGAAUAGUGAGCAGUGUGUGUGUUUCAUUUGAGCACACCAAUAUCCCAAUGUUUGUUUAUUUAGAGAGAUCGUGAGAGACCACAAUUCCUGCAAUAAGGCCCAGUGCAGGUGAUGGCCUAGGCCUGCAGGGACUGUGCGUCAGGCUCUGCGUAAAGUUUCAUAAGAUCUUUCAAAUAUCGCUUCCUUUGUGCUUCACUGCCUUUGGAAUUUGUAUUCUUUAUACGGUGAAUGGACAAGGGGCCCAAAACCUCCUCAGAUCUUUAAUUCCCAAAUAUGUCAGAUUGAGGAUUUAUUAACAGCUUGGCUUUGCAGACUGCAACCCAAAGUAGCUGCCUAUUGUGGAGUUUAUUUACCAAACCAUCAGUUUUGCCAGGCUGACCGUUGAGUCUAAAAAGUUAGGCCAAAGAUUGCAACAUGGAAAUAAAUCAGAUUGUUUGGGGGGUAUUAACCUGAAUCAUCGAACCAGUAUCCAAAUCUGCAACUUGUCAAUUUCCCAAGAAGUAUAAGCCCAGUAAAUGACCUCUAUUGUAUAGAUCUCGUUACACUACCCACCCCAGCAUUGCACCCACCUGCAGUCGUGGCGGACGUGAUUGCGGUGUGGAAAUGUGAUCUUGGCAUCCGGAGCAUGGACAGUGCUAGCUCUGUCUUGUGAACUUUGUGUUGGUAAUUAAAGCCUUCAUGCUCUGCUAAUUACGUUGCAUGUCUUCUGACCCCCAGCAUGUCUCUGUCCUUCUUACCAGGUCCAUCUGCAAACUCAGCAGGAGGUGAAAAUGCGUAUGACUGGGAUGGCGAUCAGCGUGAUCCGAAAUGACGGUUUCUUUGCACUUUAUAACGGUCUGAGUGCGUCGCUCUUCAGACAGGUAAGCGGGAUGUCUGACGGAAGACCUGACAAACUAUAAAUAAAUUGAUUUAUCCGUUGUGCGGUGAUUUUUUGAUUCACUGUUUGGUGAAUAAACCCCAGAGUGUAGUACUAGUUAGAACAUUAGGAUAUUAUACAUCUGGGUAUGGCUCAAUUAUCUAUUGUAUUGUUAACGCAGGCCGCGUUCCUGGAUUAGUGGUAAUUACUCAGUAUUGCACAAACACUGGGUAAGAUUACAUUGUUACUCAGUGCACCAGCCAAAGCAAAUUAUGUUCUAUAAUGUGCUUUAGUUUUCAGCUGAAUAAUUGCAAAGUCUGAGCCACAGCUCCCAUGAGUCUCUGCAAAGUUUAAAGUGACAGAAGCCUAUGUGUGUUACAGCAUUAGUCCUUUAGCAGUGUCACUUUUAAUAUCCAUUUAUUCAUUAAUUUCUGUUUAUUAGUCUUAAAGCGACACUGUCACUUUGUCUCAGUUUUUUUUCUUACGCCUGACACUGGGCAGAGCUACUGCCAUCUAGAAGUAUCAAUCUCUCCAACUGUCACCAGUGACGGCUGCAGGGAAUUGGCUCUAUCGAGGGACCCUCCAUAGAUCUCAAUGCUGUAUUCUUGCGCAUGUGCAGCAGUGACAUCUGCUCCAAGGGCUGAAGAGGAUCCGCCGCAGGAAGAUGGCCGUGUCCGCAACGGACAGGUCCAGGUAAGUAAAACUCUCAUUUACCUGCCACUGAAUUCUACAAAGUCCCCAGGUGGUGACAGUGUCACUUUAAUUUCUCUGUUUUACGCUUAUUGUGGUUGUGGAUUUUUUUAUUUUUUAUUUUUUUUUUAAUUCACUGUUUUCCAUAGAUCACCUAUUCCAUGACGCGCUUCGCGAUCUAUGAGACUGUGAGAGACCGUCUAGCCCAGGACAGUAAAGGCCCACUUCCUUUCUAUCAGAAGGUGCUUCUGGGAGCGUUCGGGGGUGAGAAAUGUAAUGUUGGCUGUGUGAUGGCUAAUAUUAAAUGGUUUGUUCUAUAUCCUACUGCAGAAAGGUAUCUAGGGAUGUAUUCACUAAACUCCGUAUAGAAAAUCGAAAUCUGAAAAGCAAAAUUCAGGCAGAAAUGGCUGAUCUGGAAUAAUUCUCCAACUUGGCUCUAGUCACAGAUUGAAUAUUUUAGCCUCAAUUGUGCUACUCAGAAUUCAGUGUGCUAUUCGGUGGACUUUUAAAAUCCUCUCUUGGCUGGGCCUAUUUCAUGGGCCUAAGCCUGGAGCUGCAGCUCCAUUACCCCUGUGUUAAAACCACUCUGCCUGCUACUUUUGUCUAGAUCUCAGUGUGUCUUUGUUGAUUUCACGGUUUAGUUAACAUGCCCCCUGAGAACCCACACUGUCCUGUUGACCUUUCACAGUGUUAAAUCAUUUUGACUUAUCCCUAACUUUCUGAAAUAAAAAAAGAAUUAUAAAGUUUAAAUCCGUUUUUUCGAUCAAUAUACAUGUUAUAAGCUGUUCCCAGGGCCCUGCAGCAUGAGACAAGCUAAAUAUAACAUUAUAAAGGGUGGCGGUUCCUCCAUUUUACUCGCAGGCCAUCUACAGGCACUGUUGAGUUUGAAGCCUUCAAGGUCGUGUGUGUGUGUGUUGUCUUGGAGAAUGAGGGGGAAGGUCAUUCUUGGUGAUUUCGGUAAAUAAAAGGGAUUUAUUGGGUAAACUGGGAGCUGUGGAGAAUUGACAAUAAAAACGCAAACUUUAGGUCAAAUGGCAAAUUAUAAAAACUCUAGUUUUGGUAUUUUUUCGUAUUUACUUUUUUUCUUAAACAUUAACAAUGUUAUUUCAGCUGAAAAUUUUAGAAUUGGCCUGAUCAGUUUCCCCCAGUUUAAAUAAAUUAAUCUUUGUAUAAUUCUAUAUUUCUUAAGGAUUUACUGGUGGAUUUGUGGGGACCCCAGCAGAUAUGGUGAACGUCCGGUGAGUCUUUUAGAGGUUGUUUCUCAAAUGAUCACGUAUUGUAGAAUGAAUCCGAUAAAAUCCCCCAUGGAAUUAAUCUGCCACAAUGUAUUUCACUGUAUCCCUCUAAUGGACAGCAACCUGGUUCUGACUGAUUCUGGACCUGUACUUCCAUCAUUGACCAGAAGGGGGGGUGCCAUUCUAGGACAUGUUAAAUUCUGCUGGGAUUUGUGCUUCUAUAUAAAUUGUUGGAGUGGUUUAUUGUGGUGUUUUUUUUUUGUUUGUUUUUUUUGUGUAGGGCACUGUAAGAGCAAGUGACUGCAUUUUUUUUUUUUAAUAGUAUUUGGCAAUAAGAUUGUGACAAGCUGUGUAGUUGAGAAAUAGGAUUUUUACAAUGGAGUUGCUCUGUAAUGCUGUAGGCGUGUGUAUAGUGUUGCCUGUGCAGUGAUGAUUCAUGUGCUGGUAGUUUAGACACCCCUGCUAAUCCCACUCUGAUUUCACAACAUGCACAGAGAAGCAACAACUGACCCACUUUAAGGGAUCAUCAUUCUGAACACCCUCAGACCGCAUUCUCAUAAAUAUAGAAGUCUUUCUACAGUUGCCGAUGUGCCUUUAUUACAACCAAUAAGGGUUGAGCUAGCAACACUUGUCUCUAAAAUGAUUAUUUGUCAAUCCUGCAAUGGUGGCUCUAAUAAAGGACCCUCUAUAUCAUGUCCAGUCCUCUUCUAUGAGAUAGUGCGAGCCUGGAGGGUGCAUUGCAUAAUCACCAGGGGUAAACGUGUACCCUGAAAAAAGGGGGAUAGUGGGGGCACACCCAGAACAUGGUGCUGCUGUAAAGGACAAAUUAUAUACAGAAUAAAGGAACAGUGUGCACACAAAGCUGUAAGUAUUGCAGUAAGCAUAUCUCCCAUGUUAAAAUUAGCGUAGGCCCCAGCAAUACUGGGGAUACUGUGACAUAAUGGUGGGCUUACACGGUAUGGCCAUGUGGUGGAACUGAAUCCAAGUAUUUGGGUGCUGUGAUAGGUGAUUUUGAGAUCACUGUCUAUUUGUUUGUCACUGACAGACACAGGCCGGCUCCUGCCAAUUCAUUACGGAUACGGGAGAGUACUCGGGGCCCUGGCUUCUUGCACAUCUCUGAUGUUAUUUGUUUGAUUUGUGUUGUAGUUCAUUAUCUAAAAUAUUAGUGUCCAUUGGAGGUUUGUCCAGCUCUUUACCACUUCCUUGCCCACACCUUGCUAACAGACAGCACACGUGUGAUACCUAAUCUCAAAAACAUGUAUGUACAGACUUGCUUCCCUUGUCAGACCACUGUCUGUGUAGCCGGGGCAGUACAGGACAGGGAAUCUGUGCCGGAAAUGGCCAACAGGUGGCGCUAUGCGUAUUAGCACUGCAGGUAAAACCUGUAUAUCUCAAAGCUGGGCUUAUACAACUAAUAUUAAAGUAUUGUUAUACUGUUUAUUAAUUUGGUGUGUGUGUGUGUGUGUGUAUUAGUUUAAUUGUAAUUAAUAACUUAUGGAAUGUCUCCAGGCAGUAACUAAUGUACGUAACUUUGCUUUAAGUGUGCAUAAUCUGUCUUCUCUUUAUAGUGAUCUCCCGAAUUUUGGGAGGAGGGUACUAGUAUUUUAAGUGUUUGUUGGCACUUUGUGUUUCUAAAAAAUAAAUAAAUUUAAAAAAAUAAAAUUGAGGCAAAACCUUUCAUCUCCAUGUGUUUUGAUGUGCAUCAGCAUGUUCAAACUGUUAAUACACAACGCAGUUUCUAGGUGUGCCUUGAUUCUCAUCAGGAAAUGCGAGACCUGUGUUAACAUCUGAUUAGUUUGGGUGUGACUCACGUUCGUAUCUUCCAGUAAAGGGAUAGCGAGAGUCUGGCAAAGCAUCUUGGGAUUUGUAGUUCUGCAACAGAUGGAACCCACUUUUGCUGGCCCUCCCGGCUCUAGUAGAAUUUAAUGCACCUGCAGUUCUUGUAGCAAUCUGGUGGCGAGCGCUUUUUAAUAUUCCGAGCCUGCACAUGGUGGAUCACCAAAACUAUUCUUGGCAAUUCUGUUCUAUCAUAUUGCACAUUAAAAACUCUCUGUACCAUGUGCCGAUUUGGUGUGUUUCAUUUUUUUCUUUUUAAUAUAAAAAAAAAUCCAGCUAUCUUUGAGCAUGCUUGGCAUCAUCAGAGAAUUCAAAGAGCUAUUUCUUUUUAACUGAGCAGCGAAUAUAAAUGUAGAUCCAGAACGCCCAUUCUAAAGACUGUCACAUUUAGGUCUUAAACUGAUUGAAAGAAAUGCUCAGUUGAUGGUCACACUCCAAUUAUAAUUAUGCCCCUACCUGAUUUUCAUUAAUAUUCUAAUGUGGACAUGAGCAAGGCAGGUGGUUUGUAAACGUAGUGAUUUCUUGUUUAUAUUCAUGUCGUUUUUAUUUAAUUUUCAGGAUGCAGAAUGACAUGAAACUUCCAGCACAUCUGAGACGCAAGUAAGAUGGCAUGUGUGUGUAUUUUGUGUAUAUACACUUCUAUGUAGUGAAUACAUGGUUGAUCUGUGUAUUAUGGGAAAAAAAUGCAGCUGAGGGUUUCUGGAAACAUAAACCAUGAAACUGUCAUUCACCCACCACUAUCCCACCCCCCCCCCUCUAAAUCUAUGGGCAUGUUAUAUUCACCCACCACUCUCCCAUUCCCCUCUCUAAAUCUAUGGGCAUCGUAUAUUUCUCCACCACUCUCCCAUUCCCCUCUAAAUCUAUGGGCUUCAUAUAUUCACCCAUCACUCUCCCAUCCACCCUCUAAAUCUAUGGGUAUCGUAUAUUCCUCCACCACUCCUCCUCCCCCUCCCACCCCCCUCAAAAUCUUUGGGUAACGUUUAUCCACCCACCACUCUCCUGUCUUCUUUUACUUGUGCACGGCCUCUUUAACUGUCCUGCUCCAUUGUGCCCGCAUACUGUACAUGAAAUACCCAGUUUGUGCCUGCUCAGACCAAUACGCACUAACCCAUGAUUUGUCACAAAGCUAGUAUCACCUAGGUAUUACACUAGGCUGCAGACCAUGUUGGUGCUAUAUAAGAGUAAUGAGAGAGAGAGAGAGAGAUAUUCCUUAUUUUUGUACCUGAGCGUGCAUUGCCCAGCCCACUGAAACAGACCCUCUCUUUCCACAUCGGUGGCCCCAAUGAGCCGUCCAGUCCGGCUGGCAGAGCGCGGCUGUUUAAAUGUCUGUCCUCGUUUAACCCGCUGUUCCCUCUCUCUCCUUACAGCUAUGCUCAUGCCCUGGAUGGGAUGGUACGAGUCAUACGCGAAGGUCAGUAUUUCCCACAGCUGGAGGAGUGAAGGCUAACCUGGGCACUCUUAAACUAGAUUUCCUGAAAUCUGACCGAGCAUUCUGGGAAAUGUAGUUUAGAAGUAUUUGGGGUGCAUGGUUACUAAAUGCUGGGCUAGAGCCUUGUGUGUCCGACUCUUAAAUUCUUGACGAGCCACUAAUAUGGUCGGUUUCACAAGUUAACAUAAUAUUGGAAAUCAUUGGAAGUGACCUUUGUCCUUUUAAGCAUUAGUCGUUCUGUAAAUGGUGUUCUUUAUAGUCGGUUGCUGUGUCUUUUCCACCACUGACUUUAUUUUUUUUUAACUCUUCUCGUUAGAGGGCUUCAGGAAGUUAUUCUCCGGGGCUACGAUGGCUUCCAGCCGUGGUGCUCUUGUGACGGUGGGGCAGGUAAGACCACUUCUAUAUGUAUAAGCCCUGCUGUCCGAUAAAAGUUAGUCUUUACUCUAUUUUAGCCCGGGAGAAUAGAAAUUUACAUGUUAAUUUAAUAUUAUUUUAGGGCCUGGCUAGUGGUAUAGAAAUUUAUAUUUUAAGCCCUGGUUCAUUUAUCUCACUAUGUUCCCAUCUGUGCCACACAUUUCCUGCCCAUGAACUUCACUCCCUGGGAAAAGAUGGAGUAACGUUUCAUCCUAAUUUAAAGGGACCGUAGGCUCAGAUGUGCUUUUUGCAGAGGAUCGUGUUAUCAGAUUUCAGUGCAGCAUGUCAUAGCCAUGCUUCUCUUAGCUUCUGACUGAUCUCACGGUUUGGUGAAUAGACACUGGGUUACACCAUCAGGCCACAUGUGCGCCCUCUGCUUCCCACUGAAAUCCAAACACCGUAAAGUACCAGAAAAAAUACAAUAAAAUUAUUGUUUACCCUCCUCUCUUCUACAUCAUCUAGCUUUUUUUUAAUGUUUUUCUUGUGCAUUUUGUAGAACUGCGCUAUGGCUUGGCAAAAAAAAACAUGCUCUCCUGUGUAUAUUCUAACCAGUCUUUAUACUACGUCACCUUAAUCCUCUGCCUUCUCGAAGUACCUCUCAGUCUCGUAUCUCAUAUCUGUCUUCCUGAAAAGCCUCGUCCUUGUCGCCCACUUUACCAUAGUCUUAGUUCUCUUUCUGAUCCUUCUACACAUGUUUGCAGUUGGCGUGCUAUGAUCAGGCAAAACAGCUGGUUCUGACCACAGGCUUCCUGACUGAUAAUAUAUUCACCCACUUCUUGGCUAGCUCCAUUGCGGUAAGUGUUUUGGAGUACUCUUUAUUUACCUGUUACUAGAUUAUUUAUUACAAUUUUAAACUUGAGUACGGUUUAUCACCACAUAACUGAGGUGUUCGCAAAUUAAUGUUUUCUAAAUUUAUCUUUAAAACCGUGUGUAGCGCUCUCAUGGCUGUCACUAGCCUGCAUCUAUUUUAAGGUCCUGUUUACAUUUUGUGUGUGUGUGUCGGCUCGCCCCAACCAAUACCCUGCUCUCCCCCAUAGGGAGGAUGUGCCACAUUCCUGUGCCAGCCGCUCGACGUCAUGAAGACGCGACUAAUGAACUCCAAGGGCGAAUACAGAGUGAGUUAUUCUCUGAGAUCUCUAUAAUGAAGUCCGUGAUCUGGAUAGAGAUUAACCUGGACGUGAGAAAUCCUCUAGUUAAAUUCCAUAUUAAAAUUAUAUAAUAAAAUAUUGGUGUUGUAGAGUUUAUGCAAGGAUCCAUGGUGAUCCAGUAUUGUGAACCCAUCAUUAGAAUGUUGGGUUUGUUUAUUGUGUACUUUACUCCUCGACUGGUAAACUCAGCAGGUCGGGCCCUGAAAUUGAAAUAGGAGUUUCUUGAGCCAUUGAGUUGCCUGAUUAAGCUAACUAGCGUGCUCUUCAGAAAGUAUAGCCCUCCUAUUGAAUGAAACAAAAAUACAAGGACUGGCUAAAGGGUUUUCUAUUUAUUCUUUUUCUUCCAAGAAUGCACUAAACGACUCCCAGAAUAUAAUUUGAGUUAGAAAUUUCUGAUAUAAGGCUGUUAAUAAAUAAUAUAUAAACCCUGCUCGCGUUGCCAUUUGCCAAGAAACCCAUUUGAGGUUUUUGUUAUAAAUAUGUUACUGGCCUCUUGGAUAUUAAGUGGUUACAAAUAACCCAGCAAAGUCUCCGUUGAUUUAAAUUCUGAUUUUAUUUGUUUAGUUAUCCACUGUGCCUCCUUCUCCCUAACUCACCCACACCCAUCUUUCAGAUACAUACAGUUCUCUUUGUGUAUGUCUUACUCAUCCCUUUAGAUUGCAAGCUUGUUUAGUCAGAACCCCGUUCACCUACGGCUCCAGUAUAUUAAUCAUAUUUUCUUAGAAUUAAAUGUUUGUCUUGUUCAGCUAUUGUACACCGCUAUGGGAUCUGUUGGCACUAUAUAAGUAAUUGUAAUAGUGUUCUUGUACUACAUCCCAGCUUUGUAUCAUUAAUGUUUUUGUUUUACCGCUUUUGUUCACCAUACUCUUAUUUCUAUAUGUUUUUAGGGAGUUGCUCACUGUGCAUUGGAAACUGCUAAACUGGGACCCCUGGCUUUCUACAAGGUAAGAUUUGCACUGAAUAUUCUGUUCCAUGGUUUCUCGAACCACUGAUGGGCCACGUUUUAUCAAUCUCCCAAUUUAAUCAGACUUGGCUGACCCCUAACACUCAGGUCUAUUGGUUGUCUUCUUUGUGGGCUGGUUUGAGAUUCAAUAAUCUGCCGCUUCAACUACGUAAUAUCAGGCAACACCAUGAUUAAAAUCCGCGGUGAGGACAGUGGCAGUUUACUCCAUAAUUAAGUGUUCUUGCAUAGCAAGACCACUUAAUGUUAUCUCACAUAUAUAUUCUUAUUCUUAUUAUAGCCAAAUUUGCCACCCUAACUCCUCCCACAGUUUUUACACUACAUAGACAAAAAUUUACCAAAACGUGCAGAUUGUUCCCGAUCGGAUUGCUAUUACUUUGUGGAACGUUUCGCCGAAUGGUUCACGGAAUAUCGUCGUUCUUGUGGCGCAAUUUGUCCCAUAGGAAUGAAUGGCAAAGCUAGAGUGGGAGCUGGCAAAAGCUGGAAAAUCAGGACAUGAUUUCUAAACUGCCACCACUCCCUUAUUUUCAGGCCCACCUACACAAAUCUUAUAUCAUAACGUUCAGCUAUCCCUGCUGCCACUAAAAAUGUCCAUGACUAAGCCAUAGUCCUGAUAGUUUUCACAAUAUAAUCAUUUGUUUGCAACUAACGCCGUCCAUUGACAUUCAUUGAAACUCCACUCUAGCCAGUUCAAAUUUGAAGGGCAAUUUCUAAACUGCGACUGUGCCUUCAUUUUUAAUACUUCAGAGACAUACUAUGCAUCAAAAUGUAGGUCUGGGUCUUGUGAUUCUCACAAUAUAAAGCUCUUCGCUGUAGGAUUUAUAGUUUUUAAAAUACGACCGUUUGAAGAUGGCAACCGCCAAAAUACUCUGACCUGUGCCAGGUUGGAGCAGCAAGUGAUGUCAUAGACAGGGCCUUUUGUACACCUGGUAAUGUUUUUAUAAAUGUAUGUUUUAAUGUAACUGUGAAGCACUUUGGGCAACAACGUUGCAAUUAAAUGUGCUAUAUAAAUGAUAACAGUUACUCCGCCCACUCCAGUUGUAGACUACUGAUGGAGGCAAGAACACUUCACACAAUUUCCCCAGAAAUUGUAGCUUUUUUUUUUUUUUUUGACGAUCUUUAUUUUCAGUAGUUUGUUAAGCAAGGGUACAGAAAGGAAGAGAGGGAGAACAGUCAGAUCUAUGUUAAGGAUAUGCAUUGUCUACAGCAUACUUUCAUACACCCAGGACGUGUUUUACAAUAGUGGAUUGGCAUCUUGUGAGAGUUCAGCUAAGGAGGGCAAAUACAAUUAUAGGGAUAUGGUGCCACAAUCCGCACUUCGCUAGUGUCAGGUACCUUUGGUAGCGUGUCCCUCUCUCGUUUUUGUGGCUCUGCGGCGCUAAUGAUCAGGGUUCUAUGGGUCAGGUGUUGGUCUCUGCAAUGGUUAUGCAUGCCGUAGCCCGGGCUACGUCGUGAGAGGUUGUGGACCGCACAGCGUCUAGUCUUCCCGGGUGCGGGCUGUAUGUCACCCCGUCUGUGGGGGGUCCCUUCUGCUGGUUAUCAUCGGGUUAGUCCUGGCUGUGGCGUCUAUGUGUGUCUAUGCCUAGAUCGUAUGGUACGGUCGGUGGCUGGGUGUGGGUCUGUCCUGUCUGGUACGAGUCAUAGGGGAGGAGAAGGUUAGGAAGAGUGGGCGGAGGGCGAGAGAGAAAGAGGGAGAAAAAGACUGGGUGAGGGUGGUCAAAGUGGAUGGGAGAGCGAGGGUCAGGGUAUGGGACUCAGGUGUUUGUUCUAGCCACCGUGGUGUACAUGAGCCAGGGAGUCCAUGUCUGGUUGCAUUUCUCUGACCUGCCCUGGAGGUCUGCGGUCAUAGUCUCCAUGGCAUGGAUUUCUCCGACUCUAUCCACCCAUUGUAGCUUUUCUGGUAUGUUAUAUACUGUCGUAUACCUUGUCUUCACAGAGAGAUUUAUGCUCACAUACUUCUCAUAAAGAGUCACAUGGCCAUAUUACUGUAGUUUAUUGGGUACUCCCUGUCACGGGUACAUUCAAGAUGUAACGGAACGCUGGUCUCUCACCAACUAUUUCCGCUGGUAGUCCAGGUGUGACUCAGGAACAAGUAGUAACCCCAGGAGAAACAUCCACAGUAAUAGAAUAAUCCAACAGCGUAGCAAGCACAAUCGGCAAUACAAUCCAAUUAUAUCCCAUCACCUUUCCCAAUAACUGGACGACACACAGUAUCAGGAGCAGAACUGGCCUAACUUUUAAUCAGACAACCCCUGCUUUUAUGCAAUGCUGCCAUGCAAGGGAGCAACCCACAAUUAGUACAUUAACCAAUCAAGUACAAGGUACAACCCACACAUCUCCUAACAUCAGCUUAUCUGUUAACAGAAUUAAAUUGUACAGAUUUUCCCCCAAGUUCUAGAUGCACCCCAAAUACAUAGGGUGGUAUCCCCUGAUAGCCCUGAUCUGGGUGAGUAACAUAUUCAAAACUUGGGAGUUAUGGGGCUUUAAAGUUUUGACUGACCACACAGGCAACAGUAGCCAAAAAUAGUUCCAUAAGUUUUGGCCUUGCGGUCGGUCUCCGUUCGUGGAAUAAGCCACAAAAUGUUUGUCAUCCAUGGCUAUAUCGGUGUUCGUGUGAAUCCCCAUGUUUGCAUUAGUCUUUCUAGUUUCGGCACGAAUUUAUAGAAGUCUGGAGGUGUCAGCGGUGUUUGCCUAGUCGAGUGUCCGAUUUUAUUUUUUAAAUUUUUUUUUUUUUUUUUUGGUUCCAGACACUCAACGGCAAAACACAGCUGUUCGGGAGUUUAAGAUGGCCGCUGCCACUUGUUAAACUCAUGAAAUGGCGGCUACCCAGGGACUUGAACAAAGCGUUCACAGUUUUUAAUAAGAUUGUAUUAGACGAACAGGGAGGUAGAUUGAAGCAUCAGGGUGGUCCGGUAGUUUUAGUUCGUACACCAAAUGCAGGGAGUCAGUACAGUUUUUGGUGAACAAUCAAACAAAGGCUUUUUAAAUCCACACAAAAGCCUUAUGACAAAUACAUACGGAAGUCUUAGUAGUUAAAUAGCAAAGUAAUAAUGAAUCCGCUGUACAGUCCAAUGUCUCUGCUAUUCCAUAUGUCCUUGGAUGGCUCUCAAAAGGGCCACCAGUGCCAUGCCAACCUCCAUUGUGUUUAAAGGGUCCCAUCUUCCCGGGACCAUAAUCACUGGGCAGGCGGCGAGCAAGCAGCCCCCUCCAGGAAACCGGGACAGACUCUUGUACAGGGGCUAGUCCGCUACACAAGAAUUAUUUAUUUAAUUUUUAUUUAUUUUUUAAUGCGCUAUAAAUAUGCAGCUAUACACCAACUUGGACAAAGCAGAAAAAGCUGAUUUAUAUAUAGAAAUAAAUGCAAAAGCCAUUCUUAGUUUAUUUUACUAAAAUGCAGACAAUUUGAGAAUUGAAAAUAUCCCCUAUGUGUUAUAUUGUGUUCUCCUGUAUAAAUUCCAUUUAGAUAUCUUUAUACUGCACUGGAGCAAAGUUAAAAUUGUCAGCAGAUUAUGCAUUGUUAGAAAUCGUGGCAUUCUUUAGAUGGAACACUCCUAAUGUAUUAUCUGAAAGAAGUCACAUGUUUGCACACCCCUAGUCUCACUUCAAUCUCCCCUCUUCCCUUUCUGUUCCAGGGUCUCGUACCAGCUGGGAUCCGACUCGUUCCACAUACUGUUCUAACUUUCGUGUUCUUGGAGCAGCUGAGAAAGUACUUUGGGAUCCGGGUCCCUGCGUAGCGUCUGUUUGGGGCGCAGGACGUCCAUCUUUAAAUCAUAACUACGGAGUAGAUCACUGGGACCACCUGUAACUCCCUGUAAUCACAGCUGGUUUGGGGGUUCAGGCUGGGCCAUCAGGCCAACGGGGACUCCACUGGGACAAGUGGGAAAGUCAGUGUUAAACUGGAAUCCAGCCAAGAUGAAUAAUGCAGUUAUCCCUUUAACUCCCAGCAACCCCUAAUUCACAGAUUGCUGGGGAAUAAACAAUGUUUAAAGUAGAUAUCUAAUCAUGACCUCUAAUGACCUAUUGUAAACUGAAAAUUAUAGAUAAAAUGUAAGCUUAAUAAAAAGUGAUACUUUAGCUUGCAGAUGUUAACCACAGAUACACUAAAUAAAUUAACAUAAAUGUGUUGGAUCUGCUUAUAGCUAUAAAAACCUGGGGGGGAGAAAGAAAACUGUGAAACUGGCUAACGGUAAAGAAAAUCCAUUUUGGACAAGUAAUACGCCAAUUCUUUUCCCUUUAAACUCUAGAAGCGUUCGUAACCUUUACACUUAGAUUGGUAUUACUCAGGUCUCUCUCUUAGUAUUUUAGUUCUGAACCUUUUUGUGUUGGUGUGAGUACCACUCCACGUUCUGUGCUUUUGGAACCAUGCUGCCCCACACCACCGACACAGCCAAAUUUUACAGAAAUUGCUUUUAAUUGUCUGAUCAUUUUAAUGUUGUGUAUUUUUUUUUUUUAAUGUAAUGAAUACAAAUGAUGGACCUAGUUUAUUGAUAAUGGAGUAACACUUUCAGGAGACUUCCUGAUGUGAUGUCAUAGAUAUAAAAUGAAACGUAUUUGUAAAUUAGAAAACAAAAUGUGAAGAAUUGUGCCUAAUAAACAUUAAAAUGAAUAAAACUAUGAAAUCGAA